AUGCUAUUCCCAUGGCGUUACUUCAAUUCAAUUUUCCUCAAAAUCACUUUUGACUACCUGAAAUGUAGUAAUCUUCCAAGUCGUUGUAGUCAUUGUUUUAUUGCCGUCCCAAUUGCCGCUACAGCUGCCCAUGGCUUAACCCUAGUUGUAAAUGUUACUGAUGGUGUCAUGGCGAGUGUUGCUAUUGUUACUGUAUUGGCGAAAUCCGGCUUUAUUGGGUUCGACAACAGUCAGAGUUUUUUGUACUGGUUUAACGAAAUUAUUGUUAUAAUGCACAUUUUUUAUUGGCGACUUGUUUUUUACUAA